GUCACUGGACAGACAAACAGAGGAAGGAAUAUGGUUUCGUGUGUCGCUCCUCCUGUCUGAGCUGCUGGCGGAUUUGUGCAGACUGGAGGCUGCGGCUCGGUCCAAAUAAAACCCCACCUGAGGCGACCAACAACCCUGCAGGAGCACUACGAGCACACCGGGAGACAUAAAUGGUGGAGGCCGUGGUGGAGUUCGACUAUGAGGCUCAGCAGGACGAUGAGUUGACCCUGACAGUGGGUGAUAUCAUCAAGAACAUACGGCGGGAUGAUGGAGGCUGGUGGGAAGGCGAGUUGGGAGGACGCAGGGGGCUUUUCCCUGAUAAUUUUGUCCGAGAAAUAAAGAAAGAAGGGAAGAGGGCUGGAGGACAGGCGGGCAUGCUCAAGUCUGAACUUUCCAACGGCAGGGCCAGCCCUGUGUCAGAGCCCAUCGUCCGAUCCAGCAAGAAAGGAGAACAAAUCCGUAAACGCAGAUGUAAGGCCGCGUUCAGCUACGCGCCUCAGCAUGAGGAUGAGCUGGAGCUGAAAGUAGGAGAUGUCAUUGAGAUUAUUACAGAGGUAGAAGAGGGCUGGUGGGAGGGAUAUCUGAAUGGCAAGAUCGGGAUGUUUCCUUCCAAUUUUACCAAAGAGUUCCAGACAGAGUCGGACACGCCUUCUUCGGACACGCCCACAUCACAGGACGAGCUACACAACAACCGCACGAGUAAGGACAGCCCCGGCAGUGAAAGUGAUGGAGCUGACAGUCGGUCAGAAACAGAGUCAGAAAUCCAGCCCAAAAAGGUCCAAGGGUUUGGUUUCGGGAACAUCUUUAAAGAUCAGCCCAUCAAGCUCAGACCUCGCUCCAUGGACCUGGACUCAGAGAGGAACAAGGUCGAAGAAGGAAAAGCGUCGAGUGUUGCAGCUGAAAGCAUGAAGACGGAACCUGACAGCAAAGCAAAGUUGCGGGAGCAGUGCAAAGUCCUUUUUCCAUAUGAAGCACAAAAUGAAGACGAGCUCUCGCUGAAGGAGGGUGACAUCAUCAACAUUAUCACCAAGGACUGUGCCGAUGCAGGCUGGUGGAUGGGGGAGAUCGCAGGAAGGCAAGGCGUCUUCCCAGAUAACUUCGUCAAACUGCUUGAAGUUGAGAAAGAGAGACCGAAGAAACCCCCACCACCCAGCGCUCCAUCAGCUAAACACACCACAGAGAAAAAACCUGAACUGAAAAAGGUUCCUCCUGAGCGGCCUGAACAUCUCCCCCAUAAGGACCAGGAUCGAGGUGAAGAGAUGAAGACUGGAGACAUCCCUAAGCCCUCUCUCCCAUCUCACCUUCCCAAGAAACCCCUCCUCCCAAAAUCAAGCUCCUCCUCUUCCUCUCAUCCACCACGGCGUCCCGAGAGACCACCCACACUAGCGUGUGGCAGCCCCAAAUCUGAUGGUGGGGCUUCGACACCAGAUUCUGCCCCUGACAGGUCACAUGUCUCCGAUGUCGACUUGGAUGCAGUUGUCACGUCGACGGAGAAGCUCAAUCACCCGACGGCAUCACGGCCGAGAGUCACAGACCGCCGACCUCGCUCACAGAUCAUCACAGCUUCCUUUCUGACCAAUUCAGAGGUGGACUCUCCCACAGUGGAGGACAGGAAGGAGAGAGGGAAGGAAGACCAUGAACCUGUCUCCAUCAGAACUUCAGACACUUGUCUAAAGAAAAGAGUUACUGCCAUUCCUGUACCAGACAGUAAAGCACCACUGUCCAAGCCCUCUGUCCUGUCCCCACCAAACUCUGGCCAGCGCUCUGUCUCCACGUCCUCCUCCUCGGGUAUGACCCCAUCUCCAGAGGUCCGGCACUCACCAUUGACGCCCCCGUCACUGGAGGAACUCAAGAACCAAUUAAGAGACUUGAGAGCCUCUAUAGAUCUGCUGAAGACCCAGCACAAGCAGGAGAUGAAGCAGCUGGCCAGCGCGCUGGACGAAGAGAAAAAAAUGCGAAUUUGUUUACAGGUGGAAGUGGAGCACAUAAAGAAGAAUUUGUCCAAAUGA